UAAUAAUAAUCCAUAAUUUAAAUGAUUGAUUUUAUUUUGGAGGAAAAUUAAAAAAAUUCACUGCAUUUUAAUAGUUCUUAUUUGAUUCGACAAAUAUAUUUCGAAAUUUUGAUAAGUUCAUCAUAAAGCUUAUGAGGAACUUUUGACUUUCGAGCAUGGACAAUAAGAGUUUGUUGAAUUCAAUUGCUUUUAGUUUUAGGGCUAAUACCACUGGGAAACCCGAACUAUUAACUUUGUGUCAUUUGUGUCCUAAAGUAUUCGAUAUGACAUUUGUGUCCUAAACUAUUUUUUCGUUAGAGUUGACCGACGUUGACCGUUAGAUUUUAACAGAAAGUCUAGUCAGCACUGAUGUGGCAUCUGACGUGUCCCAAAAAUAUUAAUUUUUAAUUGUUUUCCAUAUAAGAAAAAAGAAAAUGAAAAAUUUACCAAAGAAAAACUGAUCCGGGGAUUCUUUUUGGUGACCCGGCUUCUCCGUCAUCCCUUGCCGCAAUUCACCACCGACGACUUGCCCAGAUGACGAGUCAUCCCUUGCCGCAAUUCACCACCGACGGCUUACCUAGAUGACGAAAGAUGGUAGGCGGAGAAGUUUGAGCAAGAGAUUCUCGGUGUCGGGUGAGCCGGGAGGAGAUGCCGCCACAAGCAAGCUGCUGGAGGAAAGGCCUUAGUAGAUCCAAACAUCAGAGUUCGCCAAAUCGAUUACUGAGAUUUUGCGGCAGUGCGGCGACUCUGGUCUGGGCCGCAGACUCUGAUGAUGGCGACGGUGGGCUACGAGGGUUGGAGAUAGAGACAAAGACGGAGAUGAAGCGAGAUGAAGCAGAUCUCUGCCCGGACCUGGGCAUUGGAGACGGAGAUGACGCAACUCGACGAAGGAGGCACAUUCUUGAUGGCUUAUGGCCUGAUGAAGGAGGCACUGAUGGGAGCCUUAGUUCCAUCUUUCUCGCGUCUCUUUAACACAGUCGCCGUCCGGAUUCAACGUCUGGAUUCUUUGGCUGGCUCUUUAGGAUGGUUUAGCUAUAGAAGGGUCGGAUUUGGCGGAGGAUGGUGGAAGUGCUGGGAAAGAAGAUUUUUGUUAAGAAAAUUUUUUUUACUUUUUUUUUUACUUUUUUUUUCAUAAAUAAACUGAUGUGUCAGCUGACGUGGCCGCCACAUAUGUGCCACGUAACCAACGGUCAACAUUUCACUGAUGACCGUUAGGUCAACCGUUAUCUUUAACGGUCAACAAAAUUGCUAGGACAUA